AUGGGAGAAUCUACUUCAUCACCAGGCACAUCGACUGAACAAGAAACAUAUUCAUACUCUGUGACUAAUGUAACAAUAGAAGAAUCAUCAUCUAUAUCACAUUCUACAUGGGUAGAAACAUCUCCAGAGGUUGAAAAAAUGACAGCAAUAUCAACAGAAUCUUCUACACUAUCUGAUAAAACAAUAGCUUGGACAUAUACAAGAACGGAUACCACAAUUGCAGAGACCUCAGAUGUAACAAAAGAAGAAACACUUACUUUACCACCAGAAACAUCAGCUGAAACAGAAACAUCUUCAUCUCCCAUGUAUGAUGUGACUACAUAUGAGACAUCCCAUGCAACAGAUCCCACAACAGCAGAAACAUCUGUGGAAACAUCUGAACAAAUCUCCUCACUACCAGAAAUGUCAACAGAAAUAUCUCCAGUAUCUGAUACAACAGAAGAACCUGAUAUUACAACAACAGAAACAUCUUCACUGUCUACUGUACAAACAGACAGAUCUCCAGUGUCUGAUUUAACAACAGAAGAGACAUCAGAAACAUCUCCAGUAGUUGAUCUUACACCUACAAAAGCCACCUCACUCCCAGAGCUACAAACAGAAAUCACUCCGGUAUCUGGCACCACAAUAGAGGAAACAUCUUUAUUCCCUACAACAAAAUCCAUAACAGUAAACAUAAAUACCCAAACCUCUUCAGAAAUACCAACAGAGACAUCUCGAGUAUCUGAAAUAGAAACAGAAGGGACAUCUUUAGUACCAGAAGUUACAAUAACAGAAACAACUCCAGUGCCUGAAGCUAGUACCAUAAAAAUGUCUUCACUAUCAGAAACAACAUCUCUAUCUGAUAAAACAACAGGAGAAACAUUUUCGGACUCUUCGUCAUUGACUCCUUCAUUGUCCUUUGCAACUGAUUCAAUAAGUGAAGUUUUUACAUCAACAGACUCGAAAAUAACUCAUACUGAGGUGGAGACAUCAUCAAUAGAUCUUAUAACCGGCAUAACAAGUAAAGAAGUAUCCACUGUAUCUGCCGAAACAUCUUUUUCAGAAACAUCUGUACGAACUUCUACAUUGGAUUACACAACCGACACAACAUCAAUGGAAGACUCAAGUGCAACAGAAACUGCCACAAGAUCCAUUACUAUAGGCUCAGAAACAACUGAAGUUACAUCAUCUACAAGUAAUGACAUUGAAAGCCCUGCAGUUGACACAACAUCAUCACAAACAUACACAAUCAUGGGUGAAACGUCAUCAGAAACAUCUAAUUAUGUCACAACUCUUGUCUCUCAAUCAGGAUCAAUCCCAACUGUAAUUGACACAACAUUGUUAGAAGUUUCCACAUCCGCUACUUCACAGGCAGCAGAAACAUCUCAUACACUUCCAUUUACAAUAACACAGGAUGCAAACACAGAAACAUCUGUAAUAACUAGCACAACCAAAGAAGCAUCUACAUCCACUGAGACAACAUUGGAAGAGCUUUCAACAUUGGUCGUAACUGCAGGAGCAACAUCAUCAACAACUUACACAAUGUCUUCCACAACAGGAUCUUCUUCAACAGAUACUGCAACUGUAGAAAUUAGUACAGAAAAUCUCUCUACAACAUUAACUACAGAAUCUUCUACUGAAUAUUCUACAGUAAGUGCAGAGUCAUCCUCUACAACCAAAGAUCAAACAUCUACUCCUAUAUCAACAUCAACUCUCUCCACUGACACUAAAACUGAAGAAACAUCUGGAACAGUCAGUACUGUUGGAGAAGAAACAUCAUCUAUCCCUUACACAACAACAGAGAGGGAAACUUCUCAAAGCAUUUCACCAGGUCAAACAUCUGCAACAACCAGUACACCAAGAAUAUCAUCCUUGGCAACUGAAACAUCUACUAUAAUUGAUGAAAUAACAGGGACUGGAACUAAUGAAGCCAGUAAAGAAAGUGUUUCAGGUACAACAUGGGAAUCAUCUCAUACAACAGAAACACUGUCUUCUGAUAAAACAACCAGACAGUCAUCUCCAUUCAUUACUUCAAAGAUAACAUCAACAGCAAUUAUUACAAUUGGAGGAGAAGCUUCUUCAGAAACAGUCAUACCUGGAUCAACAAGAGCAGAAACAUCAGUGGGAGACACGUCAACAACCAAAUCUUAUACAGGUGCAGAAACUUCUUCAACUACAGAUGAAGCCAUCACACCUACAUAUCAAAUAACUACCACAUCAAAUUUGGAAACAAAAUCUGAAAAACCUACAGUAACUACUAUUAGUGAUACAUCAAAAACAGAAACAUCUCAUGCAAUAGAUGUAACAAGUGUAGAAAUUUCUCCUCUGAUCAGCAGGACAACAGAAUUGUCAUCAGUAACUAGCAAGACAACAGCGGAGAUAUCUGUCUCCACUAUUCUAGCAACUGAAGACAUUUCAGAUACAACACAGUCAGAAACUUCAACUUCUGCAUCUUCAGCUCUAACCAGUACUACAGCAACAUCUCCAAUGGAAACUGUACCAUCUACUGAUACAACAUCUGGGGAAGUUGAGACAUCAAAUUUAACUUCUUCAACUGCAGAAAAAACAUCUGAAGUAAGUUCCACAACAAAAACAUCUUCUGAAAGGCCUACUCCAGUUGAAGAAAGUACUCUUGUUACUGAUUUACCAAAACCGGAGACAUCAUCAAGACCAGAGGAAGCAACAUCUCUACCGAUAUCGUCGUUACUAACUACAAUACAGUUAGACAUAUCUUCAGAAAUCUCAACAACAGGAACACUGAAAACUUCCACUACUGAUGUAGACAUAACACAAACAGCAUCACUGGACACAUCUUCAUUAAGUAUGACUACAAGAGAAGGAACAUCAAAGGUGGCUUCAACCACAAAACAAGUCUCAACACUAGUUACUGACACAUCACUUGAAAAAACAGACCCUUUUACUGAUGUUUCAACUGAAACAACUAUAAUUGACAAAACAACCACAACUACAACUUCUGAAAUAGGUAUAACAACUGCAGAAACAUUGUUCUCUCCUGAGACAACAUCGCUAUCUUCAAUUACAACAAUACAACUAGAAAAAACUUCAGUGAACACAUCACCCACAACUGUCACUAUGAGGGAAGAAACAUCGGAGGAAGUUGCUUCUACAAUAAAACAUCUUACAACUCCCUCUACUCAAGCAACAGCUCGUGUGACAGAUGUAACAACUGAACAAACACUACCGGCAUCAUUGGAACCUUCAGAAACAACUAUAAUUGACAAAACAACAAUAAACACCACCCCAGACACAUUUCCCUCUACAGAGGCAACAACCAUUACCACAUCUCUGUCAAUCACCACAAUAGAAUCUGACAAAUCUACAGAAAUUGCUGGAACAGAAACAGAAACAACUUCUGUAACUCAUAUAACUACAGAUAAGGAAACAUCUAGCACACCUUUUACAACGAAACAAAGCUCAACUCUUGUAGCUCGUACAACACUUUCAGAAACAGCUCAGGAGACUGAUAUAACAACUGAACAAACACUGACUACAACUCCAGAAACAAGUCAGACCGAUACAACAUUGUCCUCCAUUGAGACGACAACUUUACCAACAUCUCCUGUACAUACUACAGUACAAGUUGACAAAUCUUCAGAAAUCCCUUCAACAAUGAUACAGCCUACUUCUUUGACUGAUAUAACAACAAAAGAAACAACAUUGGUCAAAACCUCGACCAUCACUGUUGCCACAAGAGAAGAAACUACAGAUGUGGCUUUGACAGUAAACCAUGGCUCAACCCUAACAACUCACACAACAGUUGCAGAAACAGGUGUCAUCACUGGUGUAACAUCUAAACAAACAACAGUGACAACUCCAGAAACAACUGUAGUAAACAUAACAAGUACAACCCCACAAACAACUUACACAAUGUCUUCCACAACAGGAGACACGUCUUCUUCAACAGAUACUGCAACUCUAGAAAUUGGUACAGAAAAUCUCUCUACAACACUAACUACAGAAUAUUCUACUGAAUAUUCUACAGUGAGUGCAGAGUCAUCCUCUACAACCAAAGAUCAAACAUCUACUCCUAUAUCAACAUCAAUUCUCUCCACUGACACUAAAACUGAAGAAACAUCUGGAACAGUCAGUACUGUUGGAGAAGAAAUAUCAUCUAUCCCUUACACAACAACAAAGAGGGAAACUCCUCAAAGUACUUCACCAGGUCAAACAUCGGCAACAACCAGUACACCAAGAAUAUCAUCCUUGGCAACUAAAACAUCCACUAUAGUUGAUGAAAUAACAGGGACUGGAACUAAUGAAGCCAGUAAAGAAAGUGUUUCAGUUACAACAUGGAAAUCAUCUCCUUCAACAGAAACAUUGUCUUCUUCUGAUAAAACAACCAGACAGUCCUCUCCAUUCAUUACUUCAAAGAUAACAUCAACAGCAAUUAUUACAAGUGGAGCAGAAGCUUCUUCAGAAACAGUCAUACCUGGAUCAACAAGAACAGAAACAUCAGUGGGAGACACGUCAACAACCAAAUCUUAUACAGGUGCAGAAACUUCUCCUACUACAGAUGAAGCCAUCACACCUACAUAUCAAAUAACUACUACAUCAAAUUUGGAAACAAAAUCUGAAAAACCUACAGUAACUACUAUUAGUGAUACAUCAAAAACAGAAACAUCUCAUGCAAUAGAUGUAACAAGUGUAGAAAUUUCUCCUCUGAUCAGCAGGACAACAGAAUUGUCAUCAGUAGUUAGCAAGACAACAGCGGCGAUAUCCGUCUCCACUAUUCUAGCAACUGAAGACAUUUCAGAUACAACACAGUCAGAAACUUCAACAUCUGCAUCUUCAGCUCUAACCAGUACUACAGCAACAUCUCCAAUGGAAACUGUACCAUCUACUGAUACAACAUCUGGGGAAGUUGAGACAUCACAUUUAACUUCUUUAACUGCAGAAAAAACAUCUGAAGUAAGUUCCACAACAAAAACAUCUUCUGAAAGGCCUACUCCAGUUGAAGAAAGUACUCUUGUUACUGAUUUACUAAAACCGGAGACAUCAUUAAGACCGGAGGAAGCAACAUCUCUACCGAUAUCUUCGUUUCUAACCACAAUACAGUUAGACAAAUCUUCAAAAAUCCCAACAACAGGAACACUGAAAACUUCCACUACUGAUGUAGACAUAACAGAAACAGCAUCACUGGACACAUCUUCAUUAAGUAUGACUACAAGAGAAGGAACAUCAAAGGUGGCUUCAACCACAAAACAAGUCUCAACACUAGUUACUGACACAUCACUUGGAAAAACAGACUCUUUUACUGAUGUUUCAACUGAAACAACUAUAAUUGACAAAACAACCACAACUACAACUCCUGAAAUAGGUAAAACAACUGCAGAAACAUUGUUCUCUCCUGAGACAACAUCGCUAUCUUCAAUUACAACAAUACAACUAGAAAAAACUUCAGUGAACACAUCACCCACAACUGUCACUAUGAGGGAAGAAACAUCGGAGGAAGUUGCUUCUACAACAAAACAUCUUAAAACUCCCUCCACUCAAGCAACAGCUCGUGUGACAGAUGCAACAACUGAACAAACUCUACCAGCAUCAUUGGAACCUACAGAAACAACUAUAAUUGACAAAACAACAAUAAAGACCCCCCCAGACACAUUUCCCUCUACAGAGGCAACAACCACUGCCACAUCUCUGUCAAUCACCACAAUACAAUCCGAAAAAUCUACAGAAAUCGCUAUAACAGAUACAGAAACAACUUCUAUAACUUAUAUAUCUACUGAUAAGGAAACAUCUAGCACACCUUUUACAACGAAACAAAGCUCAACUCUAGUAGCUCAGACAACACUUUCAGAAACAGCUCAGGAGACUGAUAUAACAACUGAACAAACACUGACUACAACUCCAGAAACAAGUCAGACCGAUACAACAUUGUCCUCCAUUGGGACGACAACUUUACCAACAUCUCCUGUACAUACUACAGUACAAGCUGACAAAUCUUCAGAAAUCCCAUCAACAACGACACAGCCUACUUCUUUGACUGAUAUAACAACAAAAGAAACAACAUUGGUCAAAACCUCGCCCAUCACGGUUGCCACGAGAGAAGAAACUACAGAUGUGGCUUCGACAGUAAACCAUGGCUCAACCCUAACAACUCACACAACAGUUUCAAAAACAGGUGUCAUCACUGAUGUAACAUCUAAACAAACACCAAUGACAACUCCAGAAACAACUGUAGUAGACACAACAAACACAACCCCACAUAUGAGUACCGCACCUUCAGAAUCACUGCCCUCUACUGUGGUAACAACCACACAUAUAUCCUUAGCUACCUCAAAACAACCAGAAACCUCACAAAUCACUUCAACAGAUGAAACAUCACAAGUUGCUUCUACCACAAAACAUGGCUCAAUUCCUAUACCUCAUACCACAGAGUAUAAAACAGCUCAGGUAACUGCAGGACAAUUGACAAGUACCUUGCCAAUAACUGAAGCUACAAGUGGAGGAACACCAGAGAUGACUUCUACAAGAAACAGCUCAACUAUUGCUACCACUCUUGAGACUGAAGUAACAACAAAACUAACUUUUCCACCAUCUGUGGAGAAAACAACAAUUGUAUUUCCAGUGACCAGUGUGACAUCUGGGGAACCAUUGACUUCCAUUAAAUCAACAAUCUCAUUAGAGACAACGUCAUUAGGAGUAUCAGAUUUAUCACCUUCUACAACAGGAGUGACUACUUCUACAGCCAAAUCUGAAACUACCAUUGAAACUACAACAACACAUGCCCAAACAGCUCUUGUGACAACUGAAAGAACUUUGGCAACAAGUUCAGAAACAACGGCUAUAACUGAAGGGACAACAACACUACUUCCAACAACCAGCAAGACAACUCCAGUGACAUCACCCAUUACAACGGCUACGAUGACACAAACACCUUCAUAUACUACACAACUACCCAAAACAACUUCUGAGAUGACAACAAAAAUAGAGACAUCUUCAGAUUUAGCAAAAACAUCAUUGGUGAGUGUUUCUACAGUGGUGACUACACCUCAAGUAGCUUCAACAAUGACAGCAAAAGGUGAAACCUCACAGGUAGCUAGCACCACAAACUAUCCAUCACAAACAGGUCUACAGACUGAUACAACAACUAAACAAACAUCAUUACCAACAACCUCAUUAGAGACAACAUCAUUAGGAGUAUCUGAUUUAUCACCUUCUACAACAGGAGUGGCUACUUCUACAGCAAAAUCUGAAACUACCCUUGAAACUACAACAACACAUGCCCAAACAGCUCUUGUGACAACUGAGAAAACAUUGGCAACUAGUUCAAAAACAACGGCAAUAACUGAAGGGACAACAACACUACUUCCAACAACCAGUAAGACAACUCCAGUGACAUCACCCAUUACAACAGCUACGAUGACACAAACACCUUCCUAUACCACGCAACUACCCAAAACAACUUCUGAGAUGACAACAAAAAUAGAGACAACUUCAGAUUUAGCAAAAACAUCAUUGGUGAGUGUUUCUACAGUGGUGACUACACCUCAAGUAGCUUCAACGAUGACAACAAAAGGCGAAACCUCACAGGUAGCUACCACCACAAACUAUACAGCACAAACAGGUCUACAGACUGAUACAACAACUAAACAAUCAUCACUACCAACGGCUCUUGUGACUGAUAAAACAACAUUAGCAAAAACAUCAGUCUUGGGAACAUCUCCUGUUACUGUUGCUACAUUCGGGACAAUGCCUACAGAAACAGUUAAAAUAGAAACAACUGCAAAAACUUUAUCAUCUAGUGGUGUUACAGAUUUACAAACAUCUUUGGUUACCACAAAUAGCUCAGAAGCAAUAACUGGGAGACCAACUACAGAAGCAUUUCCUAACACAAGUGCAAAAACUACUCCGUCAGUAACUGCAACACCGUCUUUAGAAAGCAUUACAACAAAAGUGGAAACUGCUCCUGGUACAGUUCCAAAAACAUCUGAGGUGUCUCAAGUGGCGACCACCAAUAAAACAGAAACAUCUACUGCCACAUCGGGUCCAUUACCUACUGGAAGUGUAACACAAACAUCAAAAGAAACUGCACCUUCUACAAUAAAACCUACAUCACCUUCCUCGCCCCAUACAACAAAUACAACAAAAAAUGAAAUAGUGUCUACAAUAAUUGUUACAAAAACACCAAUAACUAGCAUAAAAAUGACUCCACUGACAAGUACAGGUGCAGCCACCGUAGUUCCAUCUACAGCAAUUGUUAUAACUACUGCACCAACCAUCCCCACCACAACUUCAAUAACAACAAGAACUAUUACUACUACUACAGAUAAGUGCCUAAAUGGGGGAAAGUAUGAUGGAAUUAAAUGCAUUUGUCCAGAAAUUUACUAUGGUCCAAUUUGUGAAACUCUCAUAGAUAAACUUCCUCCUGUGAAGACUGUUGACACCACUGUGAAGGUGGAGUUAAAGAUCGAUAAUAGGCCGUUUGAUGAGAAUCUGAUGAACAAUCAAUCAGACGAAUACAAAGAAUUUGAGAAGGAGUUUAAAGAUUUGAUGAAAAACACCUAUUCAGAUUUGGUCGGGUACAAAGAUGUACAAAUUGUGGAAUUAAAGGCCGGGAGCAUCAUUGUGGACCAUCUUGUGAUUGUGGAGGUUGAAUACAAAGAAAACAUGACCGUAGAGGAAGAAUACAAAAACAUCUUAGAGCAAGUCACUGUAACAGUGAAUACGGUGAAGGAAUCUUCACAGAACUGCAAAGAGGACGAUAGCAAUAGUACUUUUUGUUUUAAUUCAGAGUAUGGAAAUGUUACAGAAGUGGAAAUACCAAAUACUGAUUUGUGCGACCAAAUAUUUGGUGAUGAUCUUAAAGAUUUUUACACUCAAACAAUCAUAUCUGAAGGUCUGACCUGCAUUUCGCACUGCGAUCAAUCAUCUAAAAAAUUCGUAGACUGUAACAGUGGCCGAUGUGUGAUACAGAACCAGACAGGUGUACAGUGCUUUUGUCCAAGGACAGAUCUCUACAUGUACACAGGCUCUAGGUGCACAGGAAAAAUACUAAAGUCGGGGCUGUAUGGAGGCAUCGGAGCAGCCAUUGGUGUCCUCGCAAUUAUUGCUGCCACUGUGGCAUUCCUCUUAUUCAAAUCAAAGAAGAAGACAAAUUGGGACACGUACAGCAGUGAUGACAAUGAUUUAUGGUACGAGGACACAGAACAAGAAUGGAAUGCUGACCGUGGAAUAACCAACCUGAGCUCGCAGGGAGACUAUAUUGAGGACGGAUCAUCUGGAAGCAGUCAGUCCAAUAAGGAGAAGUUCAGGCCUAGACUGGAAAAUGUAGACACAACAGUUGAGAUUAAAAUCCAGAGGCCUGAAGUCUCUAUUGCAUAAUAUGUCAACACAACUAACAAGAAAUUACAGAGGACCAUUUGGGAAGAAAGAUUCAAUAAAGCCAGAAAAAACAAAUAUGCAUCACCAUGAACUGGAGGACCUAGAAAAGAAUAGCAGGUUGUGGUAUCAGAUGCCUUACAAAUUAGUAAAGCCACAACUGUCUUCUCUACUUCUUGGCCAAUUAGAGGAUGGACAAUCCAACCAGAUCUACCUACAACUGAAAAACUGUUUGGAAAAUGUAUAAAACCCUAUAAUGUGUGUAAAAGUCUAACAUUUUUGAAUAUGGCUCAUUUUGUGAAAACAAUUUGGAAAUGUUUCACUUUUGUGAUACAAUUUAGAAACAACUCAGUAGAGAGUGCAUGGGGGUGUAGGAUAACACCGGCAGCAAAAAGAAAAUGGAGGUUCCAAUGCUUCCACAAUAGGUAUUGAAACAUAUUUAGUUUAUUUGUGGUUUCUGAACAGAGUAAAACACAGAGCAGGCUACUCCAAUGCGUUUUGGUAAUUUCUGGCCUCUAGUCAUGACUAAGGUCUGGAAGUGUUUGAAAUAUGUUGGUAUAAUUUGUCUAGUUAUUUAUGCCAUCCAGAAACCACAAAUAAACUGAGCAGGUUACUCCAAUGCGUUUCGGUCACUUCUGGCCUUUAGUUAUGAUGACUAAGGUCUAGAAGUGUUUGAAAUAUGUUGGCAUAAUCUGUGAUGUGAUUUAUGCCAUCAAGAAGACACCAAUGGAACUGAACAACAUAAAACACAGAGCCGUUUUAUCCAACAAUUUUUGCUCACUUCUUUCCUUUAGCCAUGAAGACUAAGGUCUAGAAGUGUUUGGCAUAAUUUGUUCUGUGAUUUAUGCCAUGUACAAGCCACAUAUAAACUAAAAACAUUUUAAAACCUAUUGUGGAACCUCCUUAUUUCCUUUUGUCACUUUUGCACAACUCAUUUUUCCGAAAAGUAGAUGGGGCUCACAGCUGAAAUCUAUUUGGCACAAAUAAGUCCUGACCUCUUAAUACAUUUAAGGGCAUCAUACUCUGAUCAUAAAAUUCCAGUUUAUAAUGAAUUCCGUUUCUUUCUUCCCGACUCAAGAAUACUGGAUAUUCUCUCUCACUGUGGUGGACCAUACUGAGGAUGCGUUAAGACAAAGCCCAUAUGCGUUAAGACAAAGCCAAAAGUAUUCGGCGGCUUUGUGUUCAUCGUGUUAUUGUCACCUUAUUUAAAGCUAAAUUGUAUAUAAUGUUCUAAAUAUAAAUGUUAACUAUUAAAUUA